UCUAGUGCAUAAAAUUUCAUAAGUAUCAUCUUUUGUUUUAAAUGCAUCAUUGCAAUGUUAAGAACCUUUGAAUGUUAAGACAAAUUGGUUCAAAUCAGACUGUACUUUUUGUACUUAAGUAUUUAUAUCUAAAAUAGCGUAGUUUAAGUUCUACGACCUUUGAGUGAGUAAUACUGACAAUGUGAAAAUUAAACAAUCCUUUUUAUAUUAACCAGAACAGAAGAAACUGCAAAUUUUUCGAUGAUUUACGUUGUGCGAUCGUGUAUAGGAGUGCGAAAGGUUGUAGAUAAAAGUAACUAGAAAUCUACAUAAUUAUAUUGACAGUGUGUAUAUACACAUAUAAUACCGGCGAUUAGUCAUAUCACCUCAGUCUUGUAAAUAAUUUUGUUGAUAGCACAACGAAUUCUUACGCACUAUCAUACAAAAUAUAUCCUAACAUGAAUCAGGAAAAUGAGAAUAAAAAUUAUACCAAUGACGACAUCGAGCCGCUUCUGAGAAAUGAACCAACCGAUGCAUAUACUCGUGUGAGUGAUAAGAAUGCCAAUAAAGAUGAAGACAUUCCAAGCAUAUCAUUCUUUACUUUAUUUAGAUUCGCAUCCAGAACAGACAAGUUAUGUACGUUUAUAGCAACGAUUACCUCUGUGAUAUGUGGAUGUCUUAUACCAUUAAAUACGUUGUUAUUUACGGCGUAUAUUCAAAAUAUGGUAGAUUUCGGAAGAUCAGUUCAUGAUGGUGUAUCGCACGUAGAUGGUUUUCUUCAGUCGACAAAAGCUUUUGCAACCAAUUACAGUCUUGUUGGAGCUGCUUCGAUAGUUCUUUCUUAUAUCGGAAACGUCCUUAUGAAUAGAUCAGCACACAAUCAGGUAUAUCGAAUACGGCAAGCAUACUUGAAAGCUGCCUUAACUCAGGAUUUUGAAUACUUUGAUACUCAUCAAACCGGGGAUUUCGCUACGAAGAUGUCCGAUCACGUUGUCAAAAUAGAAGAUGGAAUAGGAGAAAAAUUGGAAAUGUUUUUUUUCUACCAGGCUGUUUUUUUGAGUUCUGUUACAAUGGCACUGAUUAAAGGCUGGAAAUUGGCUAUACUUUGCUUAAUUUCCCAUUCUUUCUCAUUUUUUGUUUUUGGUGCUUCAGGCUGGAUGACGUCUAAGCUAUCUGAACGGGAAGCGAAGUUGUCAAGCAAGGCAGGAGCAGUAGUUGAGGAAGUGUUCUCUUCCAUCAGAACUGUUUACGCUUUCAGCGGACAAAAGAAAGAGAUUGAUAGAUAUGAUCAACUUUUGGCUGAAGCUAGGAGUGUCAACAUUAAGAAAGGUUUUUUGAUAGCAAUAUUUGUCGGCCUGAAAAAAGUCUAUUUUUUCGGCUCUUACGCCCUGUCCUUUUGGAUUGGAUAUACAUUUGUGAUAGAGGAACCUAAUACAUACGACAUCGCGACAAUGUUAGCAGUUUUAUAUGGAAUAACAAUUGCGUCCAUGAACUUUGAGAUGGCGUCUCCUCUAAUGGAGACAUUCGGCACAGCGACCGGCGCAGGUGCACAGAUAUUCAGACUAAUUGAUAACGUCCCAAAGAUUAACAACUCAGACGCAGGCGUGCACAUGGACAGCAUGUAUGGAAACAUUUCUCUGAACAACGUCGUGUUUCAUUACCCAUCUAGACCCGAUGUACCGGUUCUUAAAGGGGUGAGCCUCAGCGUGCAACGUGGUCAAACCGUAGCCCUGGUGGGGCAUUCAGGUUGCGGCAAGUCGACCAUCAUCCAGCUACUGUCCAGAUGUUAUGACGUCAUUGAUGGAAGCAUUACAAUAGAUGAGGUUGAUAUUCGCAAUGUAUCAGUGAAAUGGCUGCGCAGUAAAAUCGGUGUAGUUGGACAAGAGCCAGUGCUGUUCAACACUACGGUGCAAGAAAACAUCCGCUACGGGCGUGACGAUGCUACCGACUUUGAAGUUGAAUGCGCUGCGAUUCUUGCAAACGCACAGGAAUUUAUAAGAAAACUUCCAUUGGGUUAUAAGACACUGGUAGGCGAAAGAGGUGCAUCACUAUCAGGAGGACAAAAGCAACGCAUCGCAAUAGCGCGUGCGAUUAUUCGAGACCCAUCUAUUCUCUUGUUAGACGAAGCGACAAGCGCACUUGAUACAACUUCAGAAGCCAAGGUUCAAAAAGCACUGGAUAGGGCUAGAGAAGGUCGCACUACAAUAGUCGUUGCCCACAGGCUAUCAACAAUUAGAAACGUCGAUAAAAUAUAUGUUCUGAAAGAUGGAAUAAUAGUAGAAAGUGGAAACCACAACGAACUAAUGUCUGAAAGAGGCUAUUACUACGAUAUGGUAAUGUUACAAUCCAGCCCUGAGACCUCUGACACAACUAGCGACAAAAAUUUCAAGCAAAAUAUAUCAAUGGACCAAGGCAUAGACGACGAAAAAUAUGUUGACGAAACAGUACAGGAAAAGCACGAAAACCUAGAUGAAAUUCCAAAAGCGCUAUUUUUCACCGUGAUGAAACUCUGCACUCCUGAGUGGAAGUCUUUAGCCGUGGCUACUUUUUGUUCCGUCGUGAUGGGCUUUUCCGCCCCACUGUAUACUAUGAUUCUUGGCGAUUUUAUUGGCGUACUUUCUUAUCCAAAUACCAAUUUCGUCCUAGCACAAAUUCAAUAUUAUGCAUUGACCUUAAUAAGCGUUGGAAUAAUAGCUGGAUUUAUAUCUUCAAUAAUGACAUUUUUAUUUACAUUAGCUGGUGAGCACCUAACGACAAGGUUAAAAAAGCUAAUGUUUGAAAAGAUACUUCAACAAGAAAUUGGUUAUUUUGAUGAAAAGAACAAUUCAACAGGAUGCCUGUGCGCACGUCUUUCAGGCGAAACAGCUUCUGUACACGGAGCAACAGGUCAGAGAAUCGGAACAACAUUACAAUCCUUCAGUACUAUAUUAUUCGCUACAGGUGCUGCUAUGUAUUAUGAAUGGCACUUAGGGCUGGUUGUCAUGUCCUUCGCACCACUAUUGAUUAUCAUUACAUAUAUGGAAGGAAAAUUGAUAUCUGAAGAAUCUAAGGGAAUUGCGAAAGCUAUGGAAUCCAGUUCCACGAUUGCAGUAGAAGCUGUUGCUAACGUUCGCACAGUUUCAGCUCUAGGCAAAGAAGACUUCUUCGUCAAAGAGUACGCGCGCCAACUAAAGCCAGCACUUCAAAUUGCUAGACAAGCAACUCAUAUGCGUGGACUUAUUUUUGGAUUAUCAAGAGGAAUAUAUGAGUUAGUGUAUUCCGCUUCGUUGUUUUACGGAGGAACUUUGAUAGUAUACCACAACGUUAACCACGGUGUAGUACUUAAAACAGCAGAGACGCUUAUUAUUGGCUGCUCAUCUACAGCGUCUCAUUUUGCUUACACUCCUAACUUUCAAAAGGGGUUAAGUGCUGCGGGACGUAUUAUACAACUAUUAAAUCGACAGUCUAAAAUUACAAAUCCUGAAAUGCCAGCGAGAGAUUUCAGAGCAUCAGGGAAUGCAAGCCUACGAAACGUAUUAUUUAAGUACCCAACGCGACCUUCUGUAAAAGUUCUUGAAAACUUUAAUCUGGACAUUGAGAAGGAUAAAACUAUUGCAUUUGUGGGUCCCAGUGGCUGCGGCAAGAGCACUAUUAUACAGCUCCUCGAAAGAUAUUACGAUCCUAAUGAAGGAAUAGUGGCACAAGAAAAUAUCCCUCUGCCGACGCUUCGUUUAGAUGAUUUGAGGCAAACAAUAGGAUUUGUACAACAAGAACCAGUCUUAUUUGAUAGAACUAUUGCUGAAAACAUAGCUUAUGGAGACAAUACCAGGCAAGCUAGUAUGGAAGAAAUUAUAAAAGUCGCCAAGCAAGCGAAUAUUCACGAAUUUAUCACUAAUUUACCAAUUGGAUAUGAAACUAAUGUUGGUAAAAAAGGCACACAGCUAUCUGGAGGUCAGAAGCAGAGAAUUGCUAUUGCACGUGCUCUGAUACGACGGCCUAGGAUACUGUUUCUUGACGAGGCUACGAGUGCAUUAGAUACAGAAAGUGAAAAGGUAGUGCAAGAGGCGCUGGACGCCGCGAAGGCCGGGCGCACGUGCGUGCUCAUCGCUCACCGGCUGAGCACGGUGCGCGACGCGGACGCUAUCUGCGUGCUCAGCGGCGGACUGGUGGCGGAGCGCGGCACGCACAGAGAGCUCAUGCAGCUCAAGGGACUCUAUUACAAAUUGAAUAGACGAGGAUGUAAUAUGUAAAUUUAUUAAGUGCAAUAUAUGUCUCUACCUCUAAGUAAUUUGUAAAAAUAUUAAAAACGUAAUAGAUU